AUGCAAAACGAACACACGUUGGACGAACCUAUAACGUUAAAAUUCUGCUACGGAAUUAAUGAGUCGCUUAGCAGUGUGCACGUGAUAAGGAAGCAAGAACAGGAAGGAGACACCACGGGGGAACAUGGAGAUCCCCUCAUUGUCUACAGCUCGGAUAACAAUAUCGUUAUAGUGGAUCAAAAGGAGCAGCUGCUCUUUAGGGGACAUGUUAACAAAAUUUCAAAAUUGAUCAAAAGUUGUAACAAUGAAUUUAUCGUUUCUUGCGACAAAGGGAGGGACUCUUUCAUCAUUUUGUGGAGACUAAACCAGAAAUGCUUAGUUCCGGUUAAGAAGUUUUUUUAUCACAGUUCGCAUGAGCCCUCGGGGAAAGUUGAGCCAAAGGAGAGCAUCGGUGGGGAGGCAUGCCACAAGAACAGCAGUCCACGUGCGGUGAACAGUCCACGUACGGCGAAAAUUCCACAUGGUGUGAACAUCCCACGCUCGGUGAACAGCCCAAGUGCAGGAACCAAGGACGGAGUGAGCAGUGGAUAUGCCAACCACAGCCAAGCAGAGAACGUAGGAUUCGAGUGCGUGGACAUAAGUUUUGACAACAGGUACAUAUGCGCACUCACGGAGAAGCAGCUCUACGCUAAGGGUAGCGAAAGGAGCAGCACGAAUGCCGUUUUUUACCAAGAGAUUGUCAUUUUCGACACCAACGGAGGGGAGCACAACAUCGUGUGCAGAGACAAAAUAUAUGGGAAGGAAACCCAAGAAAAAAUUCGAUUGAAUAAAAAGUACGAAAUUAUCUCCAACAGCAAAUCCAAGUUAUACAUUUACAAUUUUGUAAAGAAACAUAGAACGAUUACCCAUUACAGUCCUUCCUUAUACAAGAGUAACAUAAUAAAUGAGCGUUUUAUAUUUACCGAGACGUCAUUUGUGGAUAACUCCACAAUGCUCUUGACAGGAACGACAAAUGGCUACCUCAUUGUCUGGGACUACAGUUCCAUUUUCUUGAGCAAAACAAAACAGACCGUUAAACAAAGGGAAUAUCAAAAGUACUUAGAAAUAAGAAAAGACAUUCCAAUAAACAUUGUACAGAGUUAUGGGAACUAUGUCAUUUUAGGGCUCAGUGAUGGCAGCGUUCAGGUGUUUGAUACAGACCUCAAAUGUUACGCAUGGUUUGAAAAUAUCCAUGUGGGGCAAAUUAAAUCGAUAUCUUUUGAGCUGUCUAAUUUUGAGGACGACUUCUUUGCAUGGAACUCUUUCAUCUUAUGCACGGAAAAAAACAUUAUUAAACAAAUACACCCCUCCAGUUUUAACGACAGAGGGAGUGGUAUUCAGUGGGACGACACACACGAUGAUCAGCUUGUAACAGGGGGAAAACGCACCCAGGGCGAGGUCACAAAAGGGAGACUUAAACAAGCACACGCCAUACCAAAUGAUCCUAAAAACUCACUGGAUCAGAAAACCCAGGCAGAGAAUAAAACGCUGCUUCACUUCGACAGCUCCUGCAUCAGCUGCAUAUGCACCAACCCAACUAGCGAAAAAAACGUCAUAUACAUCGGAAAUGAAAAUGGGCUAAUCGAAAUCUUCGAUUUUGACAAAAACGUAAAAGUCCACUCAAUAUGUUUGACAUCAAAAGAAAUCGUAUCUAUGAUUUUCAGCAACAGUGGAAAUAUACUUUGUGUGGGAUGCAAGUGCGGAUUCAUUCAGUUGAUUAAUGCGGACACAUUGGAAAUAUUUUUCUCAAGCAGAGAUAUGAAAUACCAAGUGACAUACCUGUACUUCAGUGAGGAUGAUAAGAUACUCAUUUCUUCUUCUCGAAAUGCUAAUAUGAUCAUUUAUAAAAAUGAAGAUUGUUCUAAUCCCUUCGACUGGAAGUUUGCCUACAGAGUUGUUAACAAUAAUAAUAUCACAUUCACUGAUUUGAAAAUCGUAAAAGAGGUUCACAAAAAAAAUUAUUACAUCAUUGUAGGCAUAACCAACAACAGGUACAUCAUCUUCCAUCAUUACAACUUGGUUGAAAAUAAUAUCACCAUCUCGUACUUGCCCAUAGAACAGAUUUACGCCCCAACGUGCCUCUCGCAAAAUCUAUACUUUUACGAUAGACAAGUGUUAUGCAUCUGUAAUGAAGCCUCCAAAAUACGUUUCUUCGACUUGGAGACAAAGAAAAUUGUAAAAACUGUUCAACUCCCAUUUCGAGAUAAAAACGUUAACAGAUUUUUGCCCCUCAUGGAUUAUGGGGAAAACGGUACUGCAACCACUAGCGGAAAAAACAAAUCCACCGAACCAGCUAAACACAACCUGGACAAAAACAACAUCUUCCUUUUUGUGCUCAACGAAAAAAUGAUCGUGUUCACGCAAACCCCGAUAGACGCAAACUGCUUCAGGUACAUCGGGGUCAUCGUGUCCAGUGGCGCCAUACAAAAUGUCAUUUCGAAGAAUCAAAACAUUUUUAUACUCAGUAACAACAAAAUCUUUUAUUAUCGUAUUAACGCUAAUGUAUUAAAAAAAAACAUAGAGGUCCAAAGUAACACUCUCGAAAAUUUUAUCGAACAAAUUGGAGGCAAGACCAGCAACAUGUUCAAACAAAUUAUGGACUCCUUUUACUACUGUGAAAUUCAAAAAAAAAAAUUUCAACAAAAAAAAGAAAAACAUGAUAUUAAGAAACUCCUCAAUAUUUUGUCUAUUGAGUACAUCUUCGCCUCUAUCAAUGUGUUCCUAUCCAAAUUUGAAAUACAAAACAUAAUACAGGAGUAUCACUUUUACUAUAAGUACGUACUUCCACUUCUGAUUCAGGGAGGGGCUAUAGUCAGUGAAUCCCUUUCCAUGGCGGACGGUGUAACCCUGGUGAAUUAUAAGUCGGACGACGACCUCUUGCUCCAAAAUGUCUUUUUUGUGAGACCUCCGGGGUGUACGGAUACCCAUACACAUUCCGACAAAGAGCUUCUCAGCGAAAGUUGCGCAGACAUCAAUUCCAGUCAAGAAAAAAGAAGAGAUAACAAAGAGGGAGACAAAAACGACGAAGAUAACCAAAGCGAAACAAAUCCUUGUGGUACUGACAACACCCUCGAGGGGGACAUCACAAAGGACUGCGAACAUAUAUACUUCAACAUCAAUGCCUUUAUUUACACCUACUUCAAUUUCGCUACGGAGGACGAAACAAAUUUGGACCAAGUAAUACAAAACAUAGGAAAUUAUUACAAAGAGAGUAAUAAAAAGAAAAAAAUUUCUUGCAGUGAUUUUUUUGAGAUGCUAGAAAAUCACGGAGAAACCAUGGACCAAAAUGAGUUCCAAAGAAUUUUUCAAAUUUUUACAAAAAGUGAGGAGUUCCUCGACGGAGCCGACAUAUUCGACUUAGAUUUGUUGAAGAACUUACUCCAGUAG